AUGGCGUCGAGUACGGCUUCGGUGCAGGGUGUAAAUGCCGUGAUUAAUGCCCUGAGGUGGGAAGAAGAUGAAGGACGAGUUCUGGCGGGAACGGCCAUUGCUGACGGAGAUGGAGCUCUAAGCUUUGGCGGGGUUUUCCUUUUCCAACUGAAGAAGAGGUUGGGCCUCGGCGGGAGUAAAGGAAAAGGGCCCCGGUGGAGGGGAGAUGGAUUCGUUUCAACAAAGCCCAUUAUGAAAUGUUAA